AUGGCUAGAGAGAUUGUUGAGAAUAUCAAGAAACGUUUCCAUGAGUUAGACCCAUGUACUAACUCCAAUUACUCCAAAUUCAAAGUUGUCAACACUGAUUUGACAUUAACUGUGUCAUUUGAAACCAAAACUUUAACUGGUAAAGUUAUUUAUGAUUUGAUCAACUUGGAAGAUUCCAAAGAAGUUAUUUUAGAUACCUCUGUAUUGGAUAUAAAUGAAGUUAAAGUUAAUGGUACCAAAGUUGAUUUUGAAUUGAAACCUGUUAAGGCACCAUAUGGUUCUCCAUUGGUUAUUCCAGUCCAAGGCAAAGAUUUGAAAGUUGAAAUUGAUUUCAAAACUACUGAUAAAUGUACAGCCAUUCAAUUUAUUCAAGGUGAUACUGGUCCAUAUGUUUUUUCCCAAUGUCAAGCUAUUCAUGCUAGAAGUUUAUUCCCAUGUUUUGAUACCCCAGCUGUUAAAUCCCCAUAUAAAUUCACUGGUCAUUCUCCAGCUGUUGUCACCAUGUCUGGUAGACCUCAAAAAAGUGACCAGCCAAACACUUAUUUCUUUGAUCAACCAAUUCCAAUUCCUUCAUAUUUAGUUUCUAUUACUUCAGGUAAUUUACUUAAAGCUCCAAUUGGACCAAGAUCAGACGUGUAUAGUGAAGAACCAAAUUUGAAGAAAUGUCAAUGGGAAUUUGAAAAAGAUAUGGAAAACUAUAUUCAAAUUGCUGAAAGCAUUGUAUUUGAUUAUGAAUGGUCAAGAUUUGAUUCAUUGGUCUUACCUUCAAGUUUCCCAUAUGGUGGUAUGGAAAUUCCAAACAUGACUCAAUUGACUCCAACUUUAAUCAGCGGAGAUCGUACUCAAACUAAAGUCAUGGCUCAUGAAUUGGCUCAUUCCUGGUCUGGUAAUUUAGUUACCAACAGCUCUUGGGAACAUUUCUGGUUGAAUGAAGGCUGGACUGUCUAUUUGGAAAGAAGAAUCGUUGGUGCCAUUGCCGCUGGUGAAGCUAGAAGGGAUGGCAAGAAGGAUGCUGAAAAAUACGGUGAACAGGUACGACAUUUCGACAUGAUCAAUGGGUGGAAUGAAUUGACUGAAACCUGUGAAACUUUUAAUGAAAAGUACACCAAAUUGGUAUGGGACUUGGAAAAUGGAGAUCCAGAUGAUUCAUUUUCCAAAAUUCCUUAUGAAAAAGGUUCAUUCUUUUUGUUCCAUUUGGAAACCAAAUUAGGAGGUGUGGAAGAAUUCAACCCAUUUAUCAAGUACUAUUUCAACAAAUACAAGUAUCAAUCAUUGACUACAGCUGAUUUUGUUGACACAUUAUACGACUUUUACGAACCAAGAGGUAAGAAAGAUGUAUUGGAUAACAUUGACUGGGAAACUUGGUUAUUUGUUUCAGGUCUCCCAGAAAAACCAGAUCUUGAUGUUACUUUAGCCACUCAAGUUUAUAAAUUGGUUGAUAAAUGGGUUGAUUAUGUUCAAAACGGAACUCAACUUCCAGGUGACGAAACUCAAGAAUUUGAAGGUGAACAAGAUAUGUUAUUCUUGGAAACUUUGACUGCUAGAUUCAAGACCUUGAACGUUAAACCAGAAACUAUUAGAGAAUUCGCAAAGAUUUACGCCAAGUAUGGUGAAAGUAACAACGGUGAAAUUAUUUCUCGUUGGAAUGAAUUGUUAAUUUCUUUUGGUAAAUACUCUUCCGAUGACGAAUUGGUUCAAAAAUUUGCUGCUUGGCUUGGAACUAUUGGUCGUAUGAAAUAUGUUAGACCAGGUUAUGUUCUUUUGAAAAAUGGCGUCAGCCGUGAAUUUGCUGUUGAGACUUUCAAGAAAUUUGAACACACAUACCACCCAAUCUGUAAGACCAUGGUUAAGAAAGAUUUAGGUUUAGAUAAAUAG